AUGUUGCGCGUAUUUCUUCCUAAUAAUGUGUUUAUUGCCAACUCGAAAAGAAAGAUAGUUCUAUCACUAUCACGACCAAAUGCUUGCCUCUCUUUUUCAAAACGCUUGCUGUCUACAAGUGCAGAAGAACCAACAACAAAUAUUAGUCCCAGUAUUAAUUCAAGCACCAUUAAAAAUAGUGAUAGUAGUUCACCAACAGCAACAUCCAACCAGACGACUAAAAAACCGUUGCCAAAACCACCAAACCGUGUAAUUGGAGUUUCCAAACUUUGGGAUUCUGCAACACCGAGUUCUGACAGAGCGUCGGGAUGGCUUGCAAACAGGGAAGAAAUGGUGCAGCGGAAUUUAGAGCAACGUCAAAAAUUAUAUGAGGAAUUUAAAACACCAUAUUUCAAAGAUUUGGCCGAGAUUAAACGAGAAGGAGACAAGUUAUGGGAGGCCAAUUCCGUUUUGAUAAGAGAAAAUAAAGCCAAAUACAUGCCAAACAUGAAAGGUCGGUCUUUAGCAAAAAAUAAUACUGAUACGACCGAACUUUUAUUAGGGAAAACUUCAUUGGUGACUUUUUGUUUUAAUAGAUACGGAGAGGAUCAUGUCAAAACUUUUGCUGAUCCAUUUCUUGACGCUUUUUCUGGACAUCCAUCGAUUCAGUUAGUAACGCCAACACAUGUGUUCGUGUUCAAAGACGUCUACUACAUUACGAAAUUGCUGGAGCUGAAUUCAGCUCGCGGAAACAUCUUUUUGGUCGAUGCGAGAUGUUUGAUUCGGUGGAUGGCGCAUGGGAAAGCUACCUCGGGUGAAGUGAAUUCGAUGAUUGAGGUGACUAAAGUUUUGGAUUCAAGGAAUAAUCAACAAACUACUCCUUAA